AAAUUUAUUUUAUUACACAUUUACACACAUCAACGCCUACCUCAAGAAAGCUCUGUAUACGAAACGAAACCCUAGGAUCAAAAAUUACCUCAAGAUCCAUUUAAUUUGAAACAGGAGGAAUCAAAUUAGAGUGAAUCGCCCAAGGUGAAAGAAAAGAGAACAAGAUGACUACUGCGGCUCGACCAACCUGGGCACCUGCUAAAGGUGGGAAUGAACAGGGCGGCACUCGAAUUUUUGGCCCUUCUCAGAAGUACUCUUCAAGGGACAUUGCUUCACACACCACAUUAAAGCCCAGAAAGGAAGGGCAAGACACUCAAGAGGAACUGCAGAAGAGGAAUCUCCGUGAUGAGUUGGAGGAGCGCGAGCGAAGACAUUUUUCGUCUAGAGAGGACAAAGAUCGUAGGAAGGGAGGGCAUCUGCUCUUGGAAGGGUCAAAGAGAGAGAUCGAAGACCGUAUGAUUCCACGGAGUGCAGAUGCUGAUGAUGAAGUGGAAAUAAAAAGUGAUGAUGAGAGUGAUGACGAAGAUGACGACGAGGAUGAUACAGAAGCUCUUUUGGCGGAGCUUGAACAGAUAAAGAAGGAAAGAGCAGAAGAUAAACUACGGAAGGAGCGUCAGGAACAAGAAGAGCAGCUUAAAGUCAAAGAGGCGGAAUUGAUACGCGGAAAUCCUCUGCUGAAUAAUGCAACCUCGUUCAGUGUGAAAAGAAGGUGGGAUGAUGACGUGGUUUUCAAGAACCAAACUCGAGGUGAGACCAAGACACCCAAGCGCUUCAUCAAUGACACUAUUAGGAGUGACUUCCACCGUAAAUUUCUCCAGAAAUACAUGAAGUAGCAAGUUGCUGUUUUAAAGUUGAUGGAAAUUCUGAAUUAUGUUUUUAUCAGAAUGCUAUAAUAUAUGUAUCAAACUGUAUUAUAUGCUAUCAUGCUCUUGACGAGUUACCUGAGUUUUGUGCUUGGUUUAUCCGUGGAGCAGAUGUACUAUUUGCAUCUAUUUGAAGUUAAAUGCUAGUCUCAUAUAUUCAUCAAGUAUUUCUUGGAAUCAUGUUAUGUUUUAUAGUCAAAUUACAUUUUUUGUGUUUUGUAA